CAGUAGUAGAACAAAUGUAGCCGGCAAACUGCAUCAGUCUCCGCCACAGAGGUUUUGACUACUGUCAGAAGAAACACAAAGUUUUACUGCGGGAGGGCGACGCUCCUGAGCCGCCGGAGUAGCGACCUGCAAACUGAUCCCAGCCCUGAUCUGAGCGAGUGUCUGCUGACAGAGAGAGGGAGGCGGGUUACCACUGGUGUUGCAGAAGGUGCCUCCAGACUUCAGACAUUACUCCUGGUUUACAGAAAAUUACAAUGGCUGACCGUUUUGACUGUGACAACUGCAAGGAGUCCUUGUAUGGCCGCAAGUACAUUCAGUCAGAUGACCAUCCCUACUGCAUCCCCUGUUACGACAGCCUGUUCUCAAACACAUGUGACGAGUGCAAAGAGCUGAUCGGCCAUGACGCAAGGGAGCUCUUCUAUGAGGACCGGCAUUAUCAUGAGCACUGCUUCCGCUGUUUCCGUUGUGAUCGCUCGUUGGCAGAUGAGCCUUUCACCAGCCAGGAUGAUGCGUUGCUCUGCAAUGACUGCUACUGUAAUGAGUUCUCCUCCAAGUGUGUAGCCUGUGACAAGAUCGUCAUGCCAGGUACGAGGAAGUUGGAGUAUGCAGGCUCUACAUGGCAUGAGGGCUGCUUCAUCUGUCACAGCUGCGAACAGCCAAUUGGCUCGAAGUCUUUCAUCCCUGACAAGGAUGAACACUACUGUGUGUCCUGCUAUGAGGACAAGUUCGCUCCACGCUGCACACGCUGUAAAAAGACCUUGGCUAAAGGUGGUGUGACCUAUAGAGAGGAGCCAUGGCAUAAGGAGUGUUUUGUCUGCACCAGUUGUAAGACACAGCUGGCGGGUCAACACUUCACCUCCCGAGACGACAGCCCUUACUGCCUCAAGUGCUUUGGCAGCCUGUAUGCCAAGAAGUGCGAGGCCUGCAGCAAACCAAUCACAGGUUUUGGAGGAGGAAAGUACAUCUCAUUUGAGGAUCGCCAGUGGCAUCAGCCAUGCUUCACCUGCUCUCAGUGCUCUGUUUCACUGGUGGGCGCUGGCUUUUUCCCUGAUGGUGACAGGAUCUUGUGCCGUGACUGCAACAGCAACCUAUAGAGCAGUCAUUCACCAUAUUCUCACCCUUCCCUUGACUUACCUUCCACUCUUCGUCACAGCAUUUCAAAAACCCCAAGUCAUUACCGAGGAAGGUAACGAAGGCUAACAAAUGCUGCCUCUCAGGUUGUUUUUAUAUUAAAAAAAUCAGUUCCUCGUGGUCCCUGUCUGGGUGAGAUUUUUAUCCAGGAGCUAGUGCGCAAUAUCCUGUUUUGAUGCUGCAUUGUUUGAAUGAACGACCACAAAGAUUUCCUCUUUAACCAAAAAGUUAAUGAUUUUGUGCAACAAAGUUAAUGGAGUGCCUUAAGAAUACCAUUGCUUAUAUGUUAUGUACUAUUGAACCAAAGAACUGCAAAAUGCUAGUCACUUUGCAAGAAAUUCCUUCAUAUUUUAUAUAAAAAAUUGAUUGAGCACUGAUACACAGUAUAGUAUGUAAACCUACACCACAGUGUGUAUGUCAAAGUAUGGUGGAGGUACUGUUGUGUUGCUCUUAUAACUGCAGUUUAAAGCAUUUUAAUUACAGUAUGUCAGAAAAUAAAAGCAAGAUGAAAAAAAAAACUGAGGUAGUCAGUUUAUGGUAGUUAUGAUCAAUAAAAUCAUUUGCACUUUGGGUAAGAUAUUCUCUUGCUACCAUGUUAUGUGCACAUAAUAACACAUCUUAAAAAAAACAUGGCACACAGACCACUUUUUUGUCAUGUAUCUGCUUUUGUUGAACUUUGCAAUGACACUUAUUUUUACAUAAAAUUUCUUAUUUCUGUUGUUUUUUGCAUAUGUUGUAAUGAAUCUUUUUAUCACCAGUGCUCAAAGAGCCAGCAUUUAUAACCCAAAAGAAGCUGAAAUGAAAUCUAAUACCAUUGUGUAUUGCAGGAGUAUGCAUGUCUUUGUCUGCCAUGAUUUGAUUUUUUUGUUGCUGUUAAUGCUAUUAGUGUUUUGUUUUGUUUUGCAUUGUAACAUGUAUGUGAAAAAUUCUGAAAAAAACAAACAAACCUAUUUUUCAUUAUUUCAGCUUUGAUGCUGGUGAGUCAGAGUUGGCAAAUACACAUUUUAAGAUUAAAAUACGUCAUUGAGGCACUAAAAGUAUGAACUUACUGUAAAAAAAAAAGAUGAUAAUUGAUAUGGCUACAUGUUUCGUUUAUUUGUGAAGGCUUAUUAAAUAAAUUUACACUGACUGAUCUCUUCUGGACAGUUUUUA